AGGAGCGGAAGGGACUUCCCAUUGUUUACUAGGUCGUCAAAAUGGCUGAUGUUUACUGAUUACAGGAGAGUGAAUGAUAACUGUCGCCUCGUCGAAUACCAUUAUUUAUCAAUGUCAAUUGACCUAUCUCAUAGGUACUGAUUACAUGAGCUGUUCAGGCUAAAUACACCACCGGAAAUGAAUGACUUAAACAUGAAGUCGCUGGAGGCCAAAGUUGUCGUCUUGGGCUCUCAAGGCGCCAAUGUACUACAGAAAGGCGAACGCAGCCAUGUUGGUCUAUGACAUCACUUCCUUAGAGAGUUUCUACGACAUCAAGGAUUGGGUCAAAGAGCUAAAGAAGAACGUGGACACGCCCAUAGUCCUGUGUCUACUGGGCAACAAGUCUGACCUUGAGAGUGGGAGGAAGGUGAGCACAGAAGACGCUGCAGAGUAUGCAGCCUCCAUUGACGCUCUCUUCUACGAGACCUCGGCCCUCAAAAACACAGGGAUCGAGGAUGCCUUCCUGCAGGUGUCGAAACAGCUGAUCCACCUGUACGAGACCGUGCCCAACAGUGGCAUGGGCUCCCUGAUCCCCUCGCAGCCAGCCUCCGACAUGUUUGCCAGCGACCAGCCUCUGACGCUGCCGGACAGGAAGGAAGUGGAGAGU